GAAAUUCGAAUCAUUUUCAAAGCGUUCGACGUCCGUACGGACACGCGUUAGCGUUACCUACAUUACAGUCGGAAAAUGAGCAUGUUUUAAAGUGUAGUGUUGUAUAAAAAUAUUAUUAUAAUAAGAUAAUAUAACAUUUUGUGUCAGUGACGACUAUUAUCAAAGAAGAAAACUCUGUAAAAACUCAAGGAUGACGGAGAUGACAGCUCGUCUGGCGUUCGCCGUAAUCUCGUCGGCGUGCUGGUCUGCCUUUCAGCAUGGCUACAACACGGGGGUACUCAACGCGCCGCAAAAUGUGAUGUCGGAAUGGCUCCAGGAAGAUGUGUUCAACGGUUCAGCGUGGAACUCCACGCGGGGGGCUGAGAACGACCCCAAAACCACCACCGUAUGGUCGAUCGUGGUGUCUAUCUACUGCGUGGGCGGCAUGCUGGGGGGUGUGAUCACUGGAGUGGUCGCUGAUAGAUUCGGAAGAAAAUCGGGUUUGCUGUUGAAUAAUAUUCUGGUGUUUCUUGGUGCGGCCCUGGAGGCCGGAGCCAGAUAUGUCAACUCCUCGGAAAUGCUCAUUCUCGGCCGAUUUUUAAUCGGCAUAAACAACGGACUGAAUGCAGGUCUUGCGCCGAUGUAUUUGGCUGAAAUAUCUCCCGUCUCACUUAGAGGCUCGAUCGGCACAGUGUACCAGCUCGUGAUCACCAUGUCGAUCCUGCUGUCUCAAGUCCUGGGGCUGAAGUCGAUCCUGGGCACGGAGACGGGCUGGCCGAUCCUGCUGGCAAUCACCAUCGUCCCCGCGCUCGUACAGUGCUGCACGCUGCCGCUCUGCCCCGAGUCACCCAAAUUCCUGCUGCUGAAUCGAGGCGCGGAACUGAAGGCUCAGAGAGCUUUGACCUGGCUUCGAGGCGACGUGUCGGUUCAUGGGGAAAUGGAAGAAAUGCAUCAGGAAGCCGAGAAAGGCAAAGUUAGCAAGAAGGUGACGCUACGCGAGCUGUUCGGGAACCGCUCGCUCCGGCAGCCGCUCAUCAUCGCGAUGACGGUGAUGGCGGCGCAGCAGUUAUCCGGCAUCAACGCCACCAUGUUCUUCUCCACUGACAUCUUCACCCAGGCCGGACUGGAUGAGGCGCAGAGCCAGUACGCGACUCUCGGUAUGGGCACCGUGAACGUGGUGAUGACCGUGAUCAGCCUGCUGCUGGUGGAGCGCGCGGGCCGCAAGACGCUGCUGCUGGCCGGAUUCGGCGGCAUGCUGCUUACCACCAUCGGACUCAUCGUCGCUAACUCCUACACGCACGUGUGGUGGGUGCCGUUCGUGUGCGUGGCGCUGGUGCUGCUGUUCGUGGUGAUGUUCGCCGUCGGCCCCGGCUCCAUACCCUGGUUCCUCGUCAACGAGCUGUUCAACCAGGCGGCGCGGCCGGCGGCGGCGGCGACGGCCGUCACCGUCAACUGGACCGCCAACUUCCUCGUCGGACUGAGCUUCCUGCCGCUCACGCGCGUACUGGGCAUGUACACGUUCUGCAUAUUCGCGGCGCUGCAGGCGAUCUUCAUACUGUUCAUUCUCAAGAAGGUGCCGGAGACCAAGAACAAGACGGUCGACGAGAUCACCGCCAUGUUCCGACAGAACUUGUAGAUUGUACAAGGUACAGCCUGGCCAAAAAGUGUAAAAAUUAAAGUGUAAAGCUGAUCGCACAUUUGUCAGCACCACAGGCAUAGAUCAAGAUAGA